AUGGCUCGUAUUGCACAGCCAUUGCUUAUUCAUCAAAUUAUUCUCUACAUUAAAGGUCAAUCGAAAUUACCUGAUUAUGCUGGUUAUCUAUUUGCUGUUGGUCUUUGCAUUUCUGCAAUUGUACAAGCCAUUAUCAGUCAACAAAUUUUCUUUCGAAAUACACGUAUAGGGAUGCGAGUUCGCAUGGUAUUAUCAUCGAUUAUCUAUAAGCACCUAUUGACCAUUAAUACUGCAGCUGUACACAAUACUACUGUGGCUCAGACAAUUAAUUUAGUAGCAAAUGAUGCUGGUAAAUUUGAAGAAUUAAGUGUUUUAGUGCAUCUUUUAGUUCUAGUACCACUGGAAGCAUUGGUAACGUUUGGUUUCUUAUGGUGGAAUAUUGGUUUACCCACAUCAUUCGGCUAUGCAGUACUAAUUUUAUUAGUACCUAUACAGCUUAUUUUCAGUAGACAAUUCAGCCGAUUCCGAAAGACUACAAUGGUAUGUACAGACAAGCGUGUGCAAACGAUUAAUGAACUAGUUAGCGGAUGCCAAAUAAUUAAAAUGUACAAUUGGGAAAAAGCCAUGGAGCAACGUGUACGUGAAACACGUCAACAUGAACUUUCAAUCAUUUACAAAGCAAGCUAUUUGAGAACUCUUAAUAUUGCUCUUUCCUUCGCAACAUUACCUUUGAUUGCUUUUGCUACAUUCGGUGGUAGUUGGCUAAUUGGCCAAACUUUGCUUCCUGAAAAAGUAUUUGCAACACUAGCCUUCUUCGUCAUGAUUCGAGUUCCAAUAACCGUUACGAUGCCGCAAGCGAUCGAAAGAUUUAGUGAAGCUCGUGUUUCUGCAAGAAGAAUUGAUCAAUUUAUGCAACUCGACAUAUUAUUGAGUCAACGUAAAACAGUGAAAAAUGAAAAUGAAGAUCAUGCAAUCAUAAUGGAAGAUGCAUCAUUUUCUUGGAAAGAAACUUCUUCUUUGUUCUCUCUCAAUCUCAAAAUUAAAAGUGGUAGCUUAGUUGGAGUGAAAGGUGCCAUCGGUGCUGGCAAAUCAACACUACUAACUGCUAUUCUCGGUGAGAUUAAUCUUGUCAGUGGAAAACUACAACUAUAUGUUAAUUCAAUUUCGUAUGUUCCACAAUCAGCAUGGAUAUUUGCUGAUACUAUUCGAGCUAAUAUUCUUCUUGGCAAACCAAUGGAUGAAGAACGUUACAAGAAUGUAAUAAAAGCAUGUUGUCUUGAUAUUGAUCUACAAAAUUUUGGUACAGUCGGUGAUUUAUUGAUGAUUGGUGAUAAAGGUGUCAAUUUAAGUGGAGGACAAAAGGCUCGAAUAUCACUCGCUCGUGCACUUUAUACUGAUGCUGACUUAUAUUUAUUCGAUGAUCCACUUGCUGCCGUUGAUCCAAAGGUGGCAAAGAAUAUUUUUGAUCAAUGCAUUGGUCCUUAUAGUCUCCUUCGUGGAAAGACUCGAAUAUUGGUUACACAUCAAACUCAUUUUUUAGUUGAAACAGAUCAAAUGAUCAUCAUGACAAAUGGUCACAUCGAUACAUUUUCUGUUGAACAACGAAGUGCAAUUGAGCUAAAAAAUGAUACAUCAGAAGAAACAGAUUCAUCUAACGAUAAUGAAACAGAUUGGACCGUGAAUACUUCUAUAAUUGAUAUGAAUUCAAUUGUAAAAUGUGAGACAUCAGUCGACGGUGCCAUCAAAUGGAAUGUUUGGCUCAAGUUGUUUACUUCGCCACCCUUACGUUGGUUUGGCUUCUUUCUUAUGAUUAUUUUUAUGCUUACUAAUGAAGCUCUGUACGAUUUUACAAAUCGCUGGCUGGCUCUGUGGUCUGGUAAAAAUAAAAACGAACAACAAUCAUUAUUUUAUAUUUACAUCUAUCUUGGAAGCGUACUUUCUAUAUUAAUCGUUGCAUUAAUACGUGUCGGCAUCAUCUUCUAUAUUAUGCUGCAUGGUUCGACCUAUUUUCAUAAUCAAAUGCUCAAAGGUAUCUUGCAUACUUCGUUACGUUUCUUUGAAAGUAAUCCAAGUGGACGAAUAUUGAAUCGAGCGAGUAAAGAUCAACAAAUAUUAGAUGAAUCGUUACCUCUAGCUUUAAUUGAUACUAUGCAAUAUUUACUAAUGACUCUUGGUUCUAUUACAAUCAUUGGAAUGACUAACCCAUGGGUACUUUUAAUUCUCAUUCCUUUGAUUCCUUCAGUUUUGUGGCUUCGUCAAUUUUACAUUCGUUCAAGUCGCCAACUCAAACGAUUUGAAAGUGCAACGCGUAGCCCUAUUUAUACAUUGUUUUCAUCUUCAUUAGACGGACUCACUAGUAUUCGUGCGUUUAGAGUUCAAGAGGGUUUUUUAAAUAUGUUCAUGGAAAGAAUCGAUACAAAUUCAAGAGCUUUCUUCACUUUCUUUGCCACUACAUUUUGGUUUGGUUUACGUCUUGAUAUUAUGAUAUCCUUACUCACUUUUGUUACUGCUACUCUUUCAGUAGUAUUACGCCAUCAAAUAGACCCAUCGACAGCAGCACUUAGUAUCAGCUAUUGUAUCACUUUAACAGGUCUCUUUCAAUGGGGUAUACGGCAAUCAGCUGCAGCUGAAAAUUUCAUGACCAGUGCAGAACGUAUUCAUGAAUAUGGUCAACUAAUUCCCGAAAGCCAUCGAAACAAUAAUGAAAAUGAUUUUCUCAUUCAACCAGUAAAUGAUUGGCCCUCUCGUGGUAUUAUUGAAUUUAAAGAUUACACUUUCCGCUAUCGACAAGAGCUUGAUCCUGUACUUAAAAAUCUUAAUCUACGAAUAGAGUCGAAGGAAAAGAUUGGAGUUAUCGGUAGAACAGGUGCCGGAAAGUCAUCACUUCUUCAAGCUCUCUUUCGACUUGUUGAUCAAUCAACAAUCAGUGGAAACAUUCUCAUCGACGAUAUCGAUAUUGGACAUCUUUCACUUGAUUAUCUUCGUUCUCAUUUAAGUGUUAUUCCACAAGUACCCAUACUAUUCUGUGGUACACUUCGAUACAAUAUUGAUCCAUUUAAACAAUUUUCAGAUGAAGAAUGUCUUCAAGCACUUGAAGCCGUUCAACUCAAACAAUUGGUGCGCAACCACCCUGAUGGACUGCACCUACUAGUAGCUGAAAUGGGUACUAAUUUGAGUGCUGGCGAACGUCAACUAAUUUGUGUAGCUCGAGCCAUUUUGAAGAAGAGCCGCAUAUUAUUGGUUGAUGAGGCUACAGCAAAUGUUGACCAUGCUACCGAUAGGAUAAUUCAAGACGUACUUGCUGACAAGUUUCAUGAUUGCACAAUAUUAACGAUUGCACAUCGAUUGAAUACAGUAGUCAAUAGUGAUCGUAUUCUCAUGUUACAACAAGGAGAGGUUGCCUACUUCGAUGUGACUAAUAAUAUCAGUCUAAAUUAA